AUGGACAGGCUUGACGCGCCUCUUGUCGACCACCUGCUGACUCUCCUCGGUCCUGCAGGAGCGUGCAGAGUGGCUGUCCUUUCUAAAGAUCACAAGGAGCUGGUGGAAACAAACAGCCUCUGGAAGACAUGGUGCGAGCGCGAGAGUCCUUCGCUUACCACCUCCCCUGCAAAAGAAUACGUGGAAGCAUUCUAUGGAAAUCGUGCCAGCUACAAGAAGCUUUUUGCGAAGCUGUCGCGAGAGCGGAGUGGAGCAUCUGUGAAAUGGAAUCUGAACAAAGACGCAGCUGUGGGCAAGAAUAGGGGUUCAAAACUCUCCGAUUACGUCAUGCUGAUGGACGUUUACUUGAGGGGCGAAAGCUUCGUGUUUUGUUCAGCCGAGUGCAGCGAGUUGGAGGUUGCAGGCUACCAGGACGAUUGGAUGUUCCAGAAUGGAUACUACUUUGACUGUGAAGGAGUUUGCAAGGCAGUGGUCAGAGCUUUCGUCAAUCCUCCAGGACUUAAGGAGGACGUCAGCUCAGCGGUGAAGCACGUGGCCAGUCUAGAUGAGCAGCAAGUAAGCAGAUGGCCAAAGCCCGAGCGACAGGAGGUGCUCUUAUUCUCCUGGAAGCUGAUGCGCAAGAGCGAUGGGAAGAUCCAGAAUCUGCUAGACCACGAGCCAAUGAGCCUAAGCCAUCGGACAUUCCUUCUGCACCCAGAGUACCGUUUUGAGGCCUUGGCGCCAGUAAGAGAUCCAGAAAAUUUAGACUGGACGCUAUUCAAGGCCCUGAUGCGCUUGCGAAGCUACAGGGAAGAACAGAAGGCGGUUCAAUGGGAUGGUUGGACUUCUAACCCUCCACAAAAGCAGGAGGAGUACGCCGUUGAAGUGGGGAUUUCUAAGGACUGCUUUGCCAGGGAGUGUCGUGAAGACCCGAACACUGGAAAGCGCUCUGCCAGCCGCACGUUGCAGUAG